AUGGUCGUCACUCGAGGCCGCAAGGCGGAAGCAGCCUCAUUGAUGCAGGUGCUGCAAGACAGCGGAUGCGUCACCAAUGUUUUCGAGUACUUGGAGCUGGAAGAGCUUGGACGCUUCUCGUUGUGCAAUCGAACGCUUCACGAGCUUUGUCAAUCCAACGACCGCAUUCAGCUUGUUCAACAGUUUUGCAAGUCAUAUUCUCGAAGCUGGACCUAUCAAAAUGGAAAGAAUCGUAUCCUCCGCUAUGCAGAUGAUAGUGUCUCCUUUGCAGCUGCUCGGCGUGGCCUCGAUCCUGCGUUUGCACAGCUUUUCGCCAAGACCGAAGGACGGAUGUUGAGUAGCAUUGCCUCCUGGUGUGGAGGCUGGGAAGCUUCUUGA